GCCUGACCCGGUCUGUCCAUCAUCAUCAUCAUCUUCAUCAUGACUGCCAGGGACGAGGUCGGAGAGGAGAAGCCCAGAGUGAAGCUCUUGUCCUCGGGCUUCGGGAUGGACAAGUCCCGGCUCCACGGUACCGGGUUCCGGUCGAAAGGCUUCGCUAUCACGGACCUUCUGGGCCUGGAGUCGGACCUGCAGGCGCGGCAGCAGCAGCCCGGAGGAGGAGGUCCGGGUUCGGGCCUGGCAGGGGUGGCGGGUUCGGGUUCGGGUCCCGGGGCGGAUCCGCAGACUGCGGGCGGCGGCGGCGGCCUCGGCAGCGGCCUCAGCAGCGGCCUCAACAGCGGCCUCGGCGGCUUCUCGUUCCCCGGUUCUUUGCCGCUCGGUCUCGGGUUCUUGUGCAGUCUGGCGGCGCAGCAGCCCGGGUCAGCUCCGUGUUUCCUGCCCGGUCACCUGCCGCUGCUGCAGACUCGAACCGACAACCACUGGACACACAACCUGGACAACCAAAGGGACAACUACUCCGAUGAAGAUUGUCUCUCUGAUCGAAACGACUCCAAAGGUUCUGGAAACUGUCAGAAGAGAAAGAAGAGGAGACACAGGACUGUGUUCACCUCUCAUCAGUUGGAGGAGCUGGAAAAAGCUUUUCAUGAAGCUCAUUAUCCAGACGUUUACGCUCGGGAGAUGCUCGCCAUGAAGACCGAGCUGCCCGAGGACAGAAUACAGGUUUGGUUCCAGAAUCGCAGGGCAAAGUGGAGGAAGCGGGAAAAGUGCUGGGGUCGCAGCAGUGUCAUGGCAGAGUACGGCCUCUAUGGGGCGAUGGUGAGACACUCCAUCCCGCUGCCGGAGUCCAUCCUCAACUCCGCCAAGAACGGAAUGAUGGGAUCGUGCGCCCCCUGGCUGCUCGGUGAGCCGCAUACACGAAUGCACAAAAAGUCUUUAGAGAUGAACAAGAAAUGUUCCAGCCCUCCAGAAUCUGACUCCGCCCACUCCGAUUUCCCCAGCAACACUUUAGUGCGACAGGGCAGCGGCAGUGGUGAGGCCCAGGAGGAGGAGGAGGAGGAGAUGGAGGAGGAAGUUGCCAUUGAUCUGUCCAGUUCCUCUAAACAGCAGCAUCAGGAGGAGACCGCGAGGGGCGUGGCUUCACCGAGGCAGCGGCGGCGGCACAGCAGUGGCGAGUCGGAUGAACACAGCUGAGGGGGCGGAGCUGGGGUUUGUUUUUCUGCGGCAUAAGGAUUUGAUUGGCUCCACCUUCAAUGGAGAGCAGCCAAUCCCGGAACAGCUGCAACGUCAGUAGUUACUGUGCAAACUCAACCAUGACCACGUGACUAAAGAUGCGUUCCAUUUCUAUCGGAAGUCAGAACUGGAGACGAAAAGAUACGAGUGGCGGCCAUCUUGGAAUCCUAUGUCGGGGUUGCUCCAACUUUUCCGAGUUGGAAAAUCCGACUUCUGACUACAACUGGAACGCACCAUCAGGCUCCUCCGUCUUUGUUUAUGGCUAAUUAGCCCUGCCAUGCUCUUUCAAUGAUUAGCUUAGCCGUUUGUGCUAUUUGGGAAAAUGGAACACUUAUUUCAGGCUAAUAAACUUCAGUUUGCUAAACUCCUGUCCCAGUUUAGCAUGCUGUCUAUUUUAGAUGUAUUUUUUGCCUGUUGUGCUAUUGUAAUAUAUUAGCAUUUGUUACUAUUUCCAGUAAUGACAAACAUUCUCUGACUAAAAAUGCAAUAAUUGGAAUAUGUUAGCAUGCUUCUAACAUCCUUUUGCUAUACCGGUUGGUAUAUUGUUGACCAACAUGCUAAUGUGUUAGCAAGCCAUAAAGUAGAGAGAGUAAUGGUGUGUUAGCAAGCUAGCAACCCAUACAACAAGGCAGGGAGGCUAAAAUACAGAACUACUGAUUUUGCUAAACAUAACUGUUAGCGACGUCGCUGUGCUCCCAGAGAGGAUAACGUUGCGUGAAUUUUGAGGAUGUAAAUGUAAAGAGAUGUUUUGUGUCUUUAUCAGUGUUUUGUUUGUUUCUAAGAGAAUAUUUAAUGUUUUAUUCUUGUUGGUGUUUUAUAGAGUUUGACUGAAGCUCUGUUAAUGUCAUUUAAAUGUAAUAUUUAUUUAUUUAUUUAAUUAUUUAUUAUUAUUAUUAUUAUUAGUAAUAUUGUUGUUAUUAUUAUUCUUAUUAUUCUUAUCACAUGUAUGUACAGCAGCAGGUUCAGAGCGGUGAAUAAAAACAAAGUAUUUUUGGAAACAUA